GCGCCGACAUACAUUAGAGAAAGCUAGCGACGACGCUGCUGCGCGCGAUGUGUAGUCAUUCGUGGUAGCGCAGGGCUAUUGUGACACUUGGAUCGCUUUAGUAGGCUAACAUGUCGACAGUGUAGAACAUUGUCACAUAUAUCAAAAGUAUUUGAUAUAGGCUUCCUUCAUAAUAUAGUCAGAUAUCUUUUUUUUGUUUGCUAUUAUUCGGAUACGGCAUUGAGCAACAAGUGGAGUUUGGCGUGGAGAGUUUGCGCUCCAGCCAAAAGUGUACCAGUUAUGGAAGAGCGAAUUGAUCAAAACAGCCGUGAUUCGACUGAGGGAGAGAGCGUGUCCCUCUCCCCGAAUCUACCAUCUCCUCCAAUUUUGCCCCACCAGGCAGCACAGCAGGUACAUAGAACCACCAACUUUUUUAUUGACAAUAUUUUGCGGCCAGACUUCGGCUGCAAGAAGGAGCUUGGGAGUCGGGAGCGGGCGCAGACCUCCGGCAGAGAAAACGUCAACCCCUUGGUAAUCAGGCCAUCUCACGCGAGCAGCCUUUGCCAGGAUUCCAACUGCAGUAGUGACAGUACUUCUUCGUCGUCGUCCUCGCCGUCUUCGAAACAGAGCUCGACAAAACAAGGUGAAGGGAAUGGGACUACCACAACGAGAUAUGGAGACACCGCGUCAAUAGUGGUUGUGAAUGCCAGUAAUGGAGGAUCUCCACCCGCUAAAGAAUCUACGCCGAUGUUAUGGCCUGCGUGGGUUUACUGCACGAGAUAUUCGGAUCGACCAUCAUCUGGCCCAAGGACACGGAAAUUGAAAAAGAAGAAAAAUGAGAAAGAAGACAAGCGACCCAGAACCGCGUUUACGGCUGAACAACUGCAGAGACUUAAGUCCGAGUUUCAGGCAAAUCGCUACAUAACAGAACAACGGAGACAGUCACUGGCCACAGAACUGAAUCUCAAUGAAUCCCAAAUAAAAAUUUGGUUUCAGAAUAAGAGGGCAAAAAUCAAAAAGGGGAAUGGCUACAAGAACGGCCUGGCUCUCCAACUCAUGGCCCAAGGACUGUACAACCAUUCCACAACCACGGUCCAAGAGGAGAAGGAUGAUAGCGAGUAAAUUGCCCCCCUCGUGCAGGGCAAAAUAGACGCUGAACUGAAGCAGAGUGCUUGAACUCUUUUGUGAACUGAAAACGAAAGAGGUAAAUACGAUUUGACUGGGACAGAUGCUAUUUAAAACCGAUUUCUGUUUAUGAUACAGUAUAUGGACAUAAUUAUAUAAAAUAUGAACAUUAUUAAAGUUUAUAUAUAGCCAAAACAAUAUGACGUUGUAUAUAUUUAAUUUCAGGUAAGGUUAUGUCUGUAUCAAUCCCUACUUGCUGGACAUUUAAACUUUUCUUUUUCUUAUGAUGUUGUUGGCCAUUGUUUUAGUAUAAGUGUCUGACUCAUAGAUUUUUUUUUUGUGAUUUCUGUCGCCCCUCUCCCCAAUCUCUCACAAUUCUACAGACUGCGUUUCUGAACCGACGUGCCAAGCCAAAGAUUUUAAUAUGUUCAGAGAAUAUGUAGUCUGAAAUAAAUAAAAAAUGUAGAAUGUG